AUGGCACCAAUCACGAUGGCCAUUCUUUGUGGUUAAAAGGCCAUAGAUGUGCGUGACUUCCCGCAACUACUUCAUAUAAUUCUUCUUCUUCUUCUUCCUCCUUCCAAAAUCUCUGCAAAACCGUGUAAAGAAAAAAGAAGAAAAUUCCCCACCCCCUUUGAAAUUCAAGGCCUCAGCUCAAAGCAAUUGAAAGUUCUUCUUCUUCUUGAUGUACAAGAAGAAAUGAGUAACUUCCCAUGAAUAAAAUCUUCUGAAUUCCACUUUCUUUCCCCAUUUUUUUGUUUUUUCUCAUGAUGCCUUCUCAUGGGGUUGCAUUUUCCCUCAUUUUCGUGCUCUUUCUCGCCCAGAACGCCAUUGAAGCAACCUCAAUCUACGUAAAUGUGUCCGAUCAAGAGCCGAUGAUGGUGCCAUUAAUGGGGCUCGGGGAGAAGAUGGAGACGGCGGUGGUGAUGAGCGGCGGCCGGCGGCGGCUGAGGAGCUUCCAGGUAUGCGCCCUCUGCACCUGCUGCGGCGGCGCCAGAGGAAUGUGCCUCCCAUCGCCCUGUUGUUAUGCCAUAAACUGUAACAUCCCUAAUAGGCCCUUUGGCUUCUGCUCUUUCACCCCCAAGACCUGUAACUGCUUUGGCUGCCAUAUUUAAGCUUUAUUCUUCUCUCUCUGUUCAUGACAUUGAAAAUUGUUCAUUGUUGGAUCUCUGAAACUGUGCAAUAUAUGUUCUAAAUUGUUCAUUGUUCAUUUGAUUUGGGGGGUUUUUAGUGGAGAGAUCAUAGGAUACUGCCAUUCUUGUUCUUCAUCCUUCUUGAAGAGAAUGUUCUAAGAUUUGGUUUGUUGGAGCACUGUUUGUAAA